AGGGGGAAAUUGAUUUGAUUCUUAUCCACAAUUCAAUCUCUUCUUCAUCAUCGCAGCAAGCGUUAAUGGCGGCUUCGUUCUCACUCACGAGCUUCAUCUCCUUCAUUUCUCCAUUCAAAUCUCAGACGAAAGCUACUCCGCCUCCUAAUCUCACUCUCCCUACUCCGACGGUUUCCCACAGGCGGAGGAAUGAUCUCGCUAUCGAAUCAAUGGCGGUGGAGGAGCCUUCUUCCACGGCUUCGCUUUCCUCUGAGAUUUCAUCUGUGAUAUGCCCUUCGCUUGCUUACUCGAACACGCUCUUUUUCAGUUCGGGCUACAACGUGCAGGUGUUUGUCGAAGAUAACGAGUCUGAGGAGAGGCUGGUGAAUCGAUUCAGGAGGGAAGUGAUGAGAACAGGUGUUAUCCAGGAAUGCAAGCGAAGGAGAUACUUUGAGAACAAACAAGACGAGAAGAAGCGGAGGACUCGCGAUGCUGCUAAGCGUAAUAAGAAAAGGCGUCCUCAAGCAAGGUUUACUCAAGAAACGAGAGAAGAAGCAGCAGCAGCAACCAAGAGUAAGAAAAAGGAUGAAGAAGAAGACAACUGGGAGAUGCCUGAUGGAGAUGUACCUUCUUGAACAUUGUUUCAGUAUAUAAAUCUCCAGCCUUUUCUUGUUACUUCGAAAUUUCGUAUUUAUCACAUUGUAAGUUUCAAAUGCGUUUGCCUCUGCUAAUGAGUUCUUAUUAAUGUUAUAUUUGUCUUCCAAUGUUUUAUAUUUUGACUAAAAUCCAUUCCAUUUGCUCGGGAUUCUCCACAAAGGGAUAUGAAUCAUGGAUGCAGUUGUUUGUCUGGUAUC